CUGGUUCACUCCCCUUUCAGGAGGAGGGAGGGGGGAAAGGUAGCUAGCCCCUUUCUACUGGGGGAAAAAAAAGCAGAAGGGAGAUUGAGUUCUGCAGCUUUCCCUCCUGCUCCGGGACCAUGCACCCUUAUAUUGACCUGCACCACAGGCAGGGACUUGACUUCUGGAGCUGAGGUCUGAAACUUUGUGACUUUUCUUCUCCUCAACAACUGAAUCAUGCCAUGUGCGCAGAGGAGCUGGCUUGCAAACCUCUCUGUGGUGGCUCAGCUCCUCAACUUCGGGGCACUUUGCGAUGGCAGACAGCCUCAGCCAGGCCCGGUCCGCUUCCCCGACCAGAGGCAAGAGCAUUUUAUGAAGGCCCUGCCAGAAUAUCAUGUGGUGGCUCCUGUCCGAGUAGAUUCUAGUGGGCAUUUCCUGUCCUAUGGCUUGAACCAUCCUGUCACCAGUAUCAGGAAGAAAAGAGGUUUGGAUGUCUCAGAGAACAGGGUAUACUACAGAAUUUCACACGAAGAGAAGGACCUGUUUUUUAACCUGACAGUCAAUCGAGGAUUCCUUUCCAACAGCUAUAUCGUGGAGAAGCGAUAUGGGAACCUUUCCCGUGUUAACAUGGUGGCUUCCUCGGGCUCUCCUUGCCAUCUCAGGGGCACAGUUCAGCAGUACAGUGCUGCCAUCGGAACUGCAGUACUCAGUGCCUGCCACGGACUGGUGAGUGCUUGGGCUGAUCACUUUCUUCCUCUGCUCCGGGCCCUUUGA